AUGGGAGUGACUAAUCUGUGGCAAAUCCUUGAGCCUGUGAGACAACCUGUCAGCUUGAGCAGUCUCAAAGGAAAAACACUUGCUGUUGACUUAAGUUUGUGGGUUUGUGAAGCACAGACUGUUAAAAAGAUGAUUGGAGUGGUUACCAAGCCACAUCUGAGAAAUCUAUUUUUCCGGUUCUCUUUCUUAACAUCAAUGGGAAUUAAACUAGUGUUUGUCAUGGAAGGAGAGGCUCCCAAGUUGAAAGCAGACACCAUGAGUAAAAGGAACGAGAUGCGCUAUGGACCUGCGAAGAAAGUUGGAGCUUCAAGAACAGGGAGAUCUUUAUUUAAAGCCAUUUUAAAAGAAUGUCUUGAACUGCUGGAGUGUUUAGGUGUGCCUUGGGUUCAAGCAGCGGGGGAAGCAGAGGCAAUGUGUGCCCACCUGAAUGCAAAAGGGUAUGUGGAUGGCUGCAUCACCAAUGAUGGAGAUGUCUUCUUAUACGGAGCUCAAACAGUUUAUAGAAACUUUGCCAUGAAUGCUAAGGAUCCAUAUCUUGACUGUUACACAGUGUCAUCUAUUAAGGAGAAGCUUGGUUGUGACAGAGAGUCUUUGAUUGGGCUAGCUGUUCUUCUCGGUUGUGAUUAUCUUCCAAAGGGCAUUCCAGGAGUUGGGAAAGAGCAAGCUUUAAAGUUAAUUGAGACUUUGCAAGGUCAAAACUUAUUGCAAAGGUUUGAGCAGUGGAAAGAACAAUUUAAGUGUGAUGAUAAUCCACCUUUGGUUGUUAAAAGGGUAAUUCACUGUUCUGAGUGCCAUCAUCCAGGAUCUUACAAGGAGCAUGAGCACAGUGGAUGUAAAUUCUGUGGAAGCACUAUAUACUGCAAACCCAGUGACUCCAAAUACUGCUGCCCUUGUGAGUGGCAUCAGUUAGAGCGAGUGAAACAAGCAAAUGCAGUGGAGGACAAUAUCAGAAAAAAAGCUAACAGUUGUGAGGGCUUUCCAUUCCCUGAGGUUAUCCAAGAAUUUCUUAUAAACAAGAACAAAUUGAUCAAGAUAAAGGAAUGCCAAAGGCCAAAUUUACUGUCCUUUCAGAUAUUUGCCUCUGAGAAGAUGGAGUGGACCAAACAUUACGCUUGUAAGAAACUGUUAGCACUAUUGACGCGUUAUGAUAUGAUCCAGAGAAAAUCUGGAUACAUUGAUUCAAAACAGCUGCAGGCAAUACGGAUAGUCAAGACACGUGUUAAAAAUGCAAUUCCUUGUUUUGAAAUUGAGUGGCAAAAACCAGAACAUUAUGUUGAUGCAGAAGAUGAGCCUGUGGAGUUGUUUGUAGUCACAGUAGAAGAGGAGUCUUUGUUUCAGGCUGCUUAUCCUGAUGUCGUUGCCCUUUAUCAAGUGGAAAAGUCAGAAGUUCUGAAGAAGAAACAGAAAAACAGGAAAGACAAACCAACAGAAGAGGAAGUAUCAAAUGUGUAUGAUGAAGUUAGCGAUCUUCUGUCUCAAAUCAAUUUAAAAUCUAGAUGUGGAAUUCUUCCUGUCCCAGACUCCAUGUCAGAUAUAAAAACUCCCCCAGAAGAUCAGAUACACCAGAAAAUUACUGAAUCAAAAAACCUAGUGUCAGCUGCAGCUUCUUGCAUAACGACUAUUCAGAUGCCAGCACCAACAGCUGCUUUUCCUCCGACUGCACCGCCUUACUCGCUCUUACAGAGUACGUUGGCUGACUCAACUGUAUUGCCAGCACAAUUUACUAAAAAUUCAGGGAUAGCAUCCUCUUCCUCUGUAACACCUGGUGUACCAUUGAGCAGUAUCAAUGGGGAAGGAACCUUCUUCAGCACUUCACCAGCCCAUGGGGGUGGUACCCGUGAUCCAGCAGCUGACUUAACUAUAUGCAUAAAACACUCGCAUCCACUAGGUCAUGAAAUAGAAAGAAGUAGCUCAGAAUAUUCUGAUGCUGUGCAGCCUGAUCAACAUCAUUCUGAUAGUGCAGAUGAUUUGGUUUCACAUGAUGCUAUGAGGCAACUUCAGAAGUGGUCUUCAGGUGAGCGAAUGCUUAAGAAGACUUCCAUUCCAUCCAGCCCUUUGUUGUCUGAAGAUCUAAUGCAACUGGAGUCUUUGAAACGUUUUAAACAAACAAAAGAAACGUUGAAUCAUGAUAAAGAUUAUGUCUCUUCCUCGUGUCAGUUAAACAAACUAGUGCAGGAAAGUAAAAACGUGCUAUCAGAAAACUACAAAAGGGAAUCCAGCAUACAUGUUUAUCAAGAUCAGUACAAAAAAGUUGACAGCCUGGCUGAAAUAAUGCAGAAGGACCUUCAAGCAGGCAGUUCAACAUCUCUAGCCCUCAAUGGGCAGACAACAGAGACACUGCAUCCUAGGUGUGAAAUGCUUCCAGCGUCUCUAAAGCCAGCAGGUGUUGUAACUGGCUGUCACAUGAAAAAAGCUUGUACUCAAACUACUUGGAAAACUUCUUUUAAAAAGAGUGUGUGUCAGAACAGAUGUUCUUCCAGUGAAGACAGUGAUGAUGGGAGUAUGAAUAAAAAGCUGAUUUAUGAGCAGCAGAAAAGGCAACUGAACCCUAGUCAGUUUAAAAAAUAUUUUCCAAAGAAAAGGAGUAACAUUGUUACUAGCAAAAGAACAAACAGUGACUCGGCGCUUAUAAUUAGAGGAAAGAAGACAAAGACCAAUUUAAAAAAAGCUGGUAAUAGCUUGUCAUUGCAAGUAUCUCCAAAACCAUCCUCUGUGGAGGAAGUUAAUUGUUCCCAAACUCCAGAGCAGCCAUUGGAGAGGUCAGGUUCUGGUCCUACACAGCAAGCCGAAAGUGCUGUUCUGACUUACACAUGGGCAGACAGUCCCCUUCCCCUGUCUGAAAGACUAAAAGGAAGAAUCAAAAUCAGUUAG